AUGUCCCCAAAUACCACUAUACCCAGUUCCGUCUCUACUUCUCGCCCUCGAGCAAAACAGGCCUGUCUGCCCUGUCGCAGGAAGAAAUCCAAAUGCCCCGGCCAGAGACCCGUAUGCGCCCACUGUGCGCGAUUGCGACAGCCGUGCUCGUAUGACGACCGUCGAGCAAUUAGCCUCAGUCUACCCAAGAAGCAGAUCCUGUCACGGGAGUUUAGUGAUUUGCAGCCCGGUCUUCCCCAAGCUCGUGUACUAGAGUCCCCAGAAAUCCCCCUCACCAGGCUAGCCCUGCCGCCCUGGGUCCAAGUCUCAGAGAUCGCGCAAUUGUACUUGCAAUGGGUGGAGUCGCAGCCGUUCCCACUUUUCCACCAUGACACCUUCCUCAAUAGUCUGCAGACUCGGGAUAUGGGGCUUGUCUACGCCAUGCUUGCGGUGGCGGGUCGCUUCUCGCCCCAGCGGGAGCAUUCUGGCGGGGAGGAUGUCUAUCCCGGGUACAAGCAGAUCGCCCAUCGGCUGGUCAUGGAACACAUCCUCAGUGGGGACGUGGCUCUUUGCACCUUGCAGACUCUCGUGCUGCUGGCCACAGUGGCGGCACUGGAUGAUGAAAUCCCGCGCUUGCAUUCCUACAUCUCGCUGCUCGUCUCCUGGACGCAUGUAAUACCCUGCUCGACGCGACCAGCUGGACGGGCAGGGCUCGAGUACGACGAUGAGGCUCUUCGAUGCCGUUGGAGCAUUAUCCUCCUACACAAGUUCUACGGAGCCAUCACACAUCCCACGAGUGAUUUCUUGACCGAAGAUGCUCGCCUCCGCGAGGAAGCCCCACAGCUCUUCCCUAGCAAGGUCAGCCCGACUCCUUCACCCGAAGAGUACCAGUACGCAGACCAAGGCAUCAUGAUGACCGUGAUCUAUCUGAGUGCAGUCUGGUCCCAAGCACGGUCGUACGUCCGCAGCCGUGGACACGGCAACCCCGAUCCACCGUGGUCGUACAAGUCCGCAUAUUCCCAGCAGAUGUCACUGCUGCUCCAGAUCGGGGCCAACCUGCCUUCCUUCCACCGGUAUGCAGUGGUCAACCCCGAGGCUCAAACCCCGGACGACAUCAACGCGGACCGCGAGUACUGGGCGCCGUGGUUUCUGAGCCGGUUCCUGUACCACACCACCGUCUGCCUCCUCAACCACCCACUACUGGUCAUGCUCUGCGUGAGAGAGAGAGCCCCCGUGCCGGAGAUCCAUCUGCAGCAGACCUCCUCCCUCAUCACCCACCACACACGCUGGAUCUCCGACCUCUUGAUACUUCUCGAAGAGAAAGCUUUUAGAACCACUGAUCCCAUCGUGGGGUACUGCGCUGCCAUCGUCGCCACCAUCGAGCUCCAGCUUCAGUACACCGGGUCGACAGAUGAGCGCGCAAGUAAGAGGCAGCGGCUGCAGCGCUGCGUCGAUAUGGUCGACCGGCUGGGGGCGAUCUGGCCCGCGCUGCGUAGACUCUCCACAACCCUCCACCGCCUCAUCCACGACGCCGCCACAGCCCACCACCAAAGCACCCACCACAACACGGACUUCCGCGUCCGCCUGUCCGGCUUCUGGGACGUCCUCAACUUUUCCACCAUUGCUGCAAAUCCAACUACAACCACGACGCCGCCGACCCAGGUCCGCGAAGGGGACCACCAGAACUCUGUCCAGCAACAUCAGCAGCAACAUCAGCAGCAACACCAACACCAACACCAACACCAACACCAACAACAACAACCAGAAGAACAGACAGGCCUCUCACGACUCGAGUACCCCUACCGAGUGACGCGAUCCCGACUGCGCACCAGAGACAAGCGUCACCCAGCCAAAGAGCGGGCUCCGGCUUCACCCGCCGCCUCGAUCGGUGCGGCUGGUACCUUGCCGAAUGUGUUCAACAAUGCUCCCAGCUGGAUCGCCAUGCCGGAUCCGCUGGCCAUAUCCCCCACGGACCCGCUCUUCGGGCCGGAGUUCUUCGAGUUUGGGGCGCAGGUGGGUGGGGGGCAUUUUUGA